AUGGAGAGGAAAAAAAAAAGAAGACACACGAAGUCACCUUUAAUCUUCAUCAGAGGUAACAUGAACGCGCAGCGUUAUAUCCACGAAGUUCUAGAACCCCAUCUUUUACCCUAUCGUGGCACCCUGGCAGAUCCAACUUUCCAACAAGAUAAUGCCCGACCACAUGUUGCAAGAGUCACAAUAGACUUCUUUCAACAUAAUGAUGUCACAUUGUUACCAUGGCCACCAAGAUCUCCCGACUUAUCCCCAAUUGAGCACGUGUGGGAUAUGAUGGGUAGGAGAUUGGUCAAUUUGCAACGUCCUCCUCAGACUCUAGAAGCACUUCGAGAGGAGUUGGUGGUUGCCUGGAAUGAGAUACCACAGGAGGACAUUGACCACCUGAUCAGAAGCAUGCCUAGGCGCGUUGGAGAAUGCGUAGCACAUCAGGAAUGCCUUGCUGAGUUACUGUCUGUUUUCGGCAACGAAGCGCCACAUCAGUCGACAAUUUCCCGUUGGUAUGGAGAAUUCAAACGUGGACGGGUGAGACUUAGCGACGAUCCCAGGGUGGGUGCACCAAAAACGGCAGUCACCCAGGAAAACGUCGAUGCUGUGCGCAAACUCAUCAUUGAAGAUAGACAUGUGACAUAUCGCGAGAUUGAGGCGUCCUUGAAGAUCUCAAAGACCUCAAUUCAAAAAAAUUUACAUGAAGAAUUAGGAGUAAGAAAAUUAGUUUCUCGUUGGAUACCCCACCUGUUGACUGAAGAGCAGAAAGCAGCCAGGGUUAAUUGGUGUCAAAAAACGCUUGACUGUUUCGAUUCCGGAAACUCAAAAAAUGUGUACAGCAUUGUUAGUGGUGAUGAAUCGUGGAUUUACUGUUAUGAACCAGAAAAUAAACGACAGUCGGCUGUUUGGGUGUUCCAAGGUGAAGAAAAGCCAAUAAAAGUCAUCCGUUCUCGAAGUCAAAGAAGUGUUACUGCGGAUUGGUAUACCACCAUUUGUUUGCCAAAAGUCAUCACCGAGCUUCGAAAAAUCAACCCCGAAAGAAUCAUCCUCCACCGAGACAAUGCAAGCUCGCACACAGCCCAAAAAACAAGGCAGUAUUUAACGGAAGAAAACGUGGAAUUAUUGGACCAUCCUCCAUAUAGUCCCGAUCUAAGUCCUAGCGAUUUCUUUACUUUCCCGAAAAUUAAAAACAGCCUGCGUGGUCAAAGGUUCCAGUCACCAGAAGAAGCAGUUGACGCAUUGAAAAAUGCCGUUUUGGAUCUGCCAGCAAACGAGUGGAAUAAGUGCUUCGAAAAUUGCUUCGAGCGCAUGCAGAUGUGUAUUAAUCUUCGUGGAGAAUACUUCGAAAAACAAUAAAGUCAUUUAAAACUACCUACCGUGUUGUUUUAUUUCCAUAUGCAAAACUUAAAAGACAUCCCUCGUAAUAAUGGACAAAGCCGGAAAAACUGUCCUUGA